AUGAAGACAGCCGCUGCGAUCUAUGAUGACAACCACUUCCUCGCUGCCAAAGCCAAACGCGAAGCCCGUAACUUUCAUCUGCCCCCCUCGCAGGGCCAACAACCAACCGUCCGCGACCUGCCCACGAUGCCGGCAGACGUUCCGGACAUCAGUCGGUUUCAUUGGACAUCUUCCUACCAACUGCAGCACCCGGAAGACAUCGGCUGA